AUGGUAAACAAGUCUAGGAAAGAUUGGUCUCUCAAGCUUGAUGAUACGCUUUGGGCUCUAAGGACGGCUUACAAGACCCCGAUUGGUACUACUCCUUACCGAUUGGUCUAUGGAAAAGCUUGUCAUUUGCCGGUUGAGUUAGAGUACAAAGCUUGGUGGGCGAUCAAAGAGCUCAAUAUGGAUAUGACCUUGGAGGGCGAAAAGAGGCUACUUAAGCUCAAUGAACUUGAGGAGCUCCGCUAUGAUGCCUAUGAGAACUCGAGACUCUACAAGGAGAGAACCAAGAGGUGGAACGACCAACAUAUAAGGAACAAGAGCUUUAAGGUUGGGGACAAGGUUUUGUUAUUCAAUUCUAGGCUCCGUCUGUUCCCCGAAAAGCUUAAGUCAAAAUGGUCGGGGCCUUUCACAAUUUCGAAAACAACUCCUUAUGGGUCUUUUGAGUUAGAAGCGAAUGGGAACAAGUUCAUGGUUAACGACCACCGUUUGAAGCUCUACCAUUGCAGUGAUCAAGUUGGCAUGAUUGAGUGCAUGAGGCUCGAUCCGCCAGAUCCUAAGUCACUUUCUUGA